UCUGUCAUUCUGGUGAUUUAGCUGUCAGAUUGUUUCGCUAAUUUACUCACUUUGAAAACGCUCUGCCGAAGCUUUUGAGGCUUCCUUACAGCGCUAGAAGACUAGCCGUCUAAGUCGGCGGGUGCCGGCAGCUGUCGAGCGCCGAGCUGGCGCGCUGGAAUGCGGCGGGGGAUGGUAGCGCCAUGAAUAAACUGGUGUCGUGGUCUGAGGAAGACGAGGCGGUGGCGGCGACGAAUUCGGACGCGACGGAGUGCAAGCGGGGUGCUGUAGAGCUGGGGUACUGGAGCGACCCUUAUGUGCGCCUGUUCUCGCGCCCUCGCGCCGAGCGCAGGGCGCCGGAGAUCCACCGUGGAUACUAUGCGCGGGUGCGCGCUGUAGAGAUGUUCAUCCAUCAGUUUCUCGAGCGAUGUGACAGCAAGUGCCAAGUGCUGAACCUCGGCUGUGGCUUCGACACACUAUUCUGGAGACUCCGUGACGUCACACAGGCAGUCGGUAACUUCAUUGAGCUGGACUUUCCUACGGUCACCGCCAAGAAGUGCCAGAUUAUAAAGCGAAAUAAGCAGCUGCUAGAGAAAAUCACUAAUGAAGACGGCGAAGUAGCCAUCCGCGCCGGCGGCGCCGACUUGCACGCCGAUGGCUACCACCUGUGCGGCGUGGACCUGCGCGACGAGCCCGGCGUGCUGCGCGCCCUCACCGCCGCCGGCGCGCGACCAGACGCGCCGACACUAGUGCUAGCUGAAUGCGUGCUGGUGUAUCUCAGGGAGGAUGCAGCUAACAGAUUACUCCGACUUCUGGCGCAGCAGUUCCCAAAGCAGGUGCUCGUGGUGUAUGAACAGUGCAACCUAGACGACAAGUUCGGCGAGGUGAUGAUCCGCAACCUGGUGGCGCGCGGCUGCGGCGAGGUGGGCGCGCGGCACAUGGACGCGCCGGGCGCCGCCGCCGCGCGCCUGCGCGCCGCCGGCUACGACGCCGCCAAGGGCUGGGACAUGGACACGGUAUGGCGCUCGCUAAGCGAAGAAGAGCGCGCCCGCGUCGAAGCCCUAGAACCAUUGGACGAGUGUGAACUACUACAACAAUUACACGCGCACUAUGCGCUUACUGUCGCCUCCCGAGGCGAUCUGUUCGCCGACAUAGACCUUAACGCGUAGACCUGGACUUGACCUGCAAUAGCUACACGUGCACUACGCGCUCACUGUCACCUCCCGAGGCUUGUUUGCCGAUAUCGACCUUAACGCGUAGACCUGGACUUGACCUGCAAUAGUUAAUUGCGCAUUACGGGCUCACUGUCACCUCCCGAGGCUUGUUUGCCGAUAUCGACCUUAACGCGUAGACCUGGACUUGACCUACAACAGUUACACACGCACUACGCGCUCACUGUUGCCUCCCGAGGCGAUUUGAUUGCUCAUAUCGACCUUAACGCGUAGAGCUGGACUUGACCUGCAAUAGUUACACGCGCAAUACACGCUCACUGUCACCUCCUGAGGCAAUUUGAUUGCUCAUAUCGACCUUAACGCGUAGACCUGGAUUUGACUUGCAACAGUUACACGCGCACUACGCGCUCACUGUUGCCUCCCGAGGCUUGUUUGCUGAUAUCGACCUUAACGCGUAGACCUGGACUUACCUGCAAUAGUAACACACGCACUGUGCGCUCACUGUUGCCUCCCGAGGCAAUUUGUUUGCCUAUAUUCCUAAGUCAUUAGACUUUAGAGGCAUCAUUGUAUGAAGGCGGCGGCAGCAUGACGAUUAGAGCGCAUACACACUACCAAAUUUUAACCCGAGAAAAUACAAUCUGAAUAAGUCGUACAAUGUGUAGACAUUCUGAACCUUAUCACAAAUUAAUAAGGUACUAAAUGUUGAAAUAGGAGGGUCAAUUAUUUUGCGACUUAAAUUUGUAUAUUUUGACGGAAUGUUAGUAAAUAUUUUUAUACUGGGAUAGUUUUGUUAAUAACGAUAUUUUUUUACAUAGCUUAUUGAUAUUUUCUCGGGUGCAUGCUCUAAAUUUUCCCUAUUCCCUAUUUCACGACUUGAGACUCGACAUCUAAACCUACUCGUCCUUCUAUUACACACUAUCUCUUUCUGUACACUACAGUUCAAGAGAGACAGUGUCUAUAGAGUUGUGUUGUGUAUAAAUACCGCGAACGCGGCUCCUCGUGUGAUGUUUUACCUCGUUUGGUAUUUUAUUUAACUAAUUGUAUUUUCUUACUUAAACUUGCAAUCGUACGAAUCGUGCCAAUUUGAUCGGGCCGUUUACAUGUUCUCUUACUGCCGAAUUUUAGGUUAGGCCCCUCAUACACAGAUUUACUUAUUUAAGUAUCACAUUAUAUCAUCCUACAUUUUAAAUGUAUAAUUAUAGUUGUCGAUGAUUCAUGUGUAUUUGCUAAAUCUAUUGUCAAAAUUCUAUCGUGUGCGGGGGCGGCAUAAUCUAGCCAACAGUACUUAAAUUUGAAAACCCGGUCGAAUAGGGCUUUAAAUGUAAUUGUACUUGUAAUCUUGGAACGCCAAGACAGUAGCGUAAGAUAAAUAUCCAUAUCAAAAAUCGAAAUUGUAUGUUACUAACAGACUAAACUGUCGGGUAGUCGGGGUAAAUGAAAAUGGCUGAAGAUGUACAUACAAUAAUUUACAAGUACUCUCUAAUGCCCACCUCAUGCAUACCUCACAAAUUCACCUCUAAAAACAAUAUAAAUUAUUAUUAAUAUCGUAUUGCCGCGCGAAGCAGUUCGGUCGGUGGAGACGUGCCUCGCCCGAGGCAAUGCGACCUAUUUGACGUCUUUUGGUGGUCAAAAGGUUAACGAUAAUAGUGAAAAUACUUUCUGAAGACAUGCCGGAUACUAAACUAAUUUAUUGACAUCAUCAGCAAUUUCUAUAGACCCGGACUAUACGCCCACUUAAAAACUGUCCACAAAAAAGUAAAUUGUGUAGUUAAGAAUUUGAAGCACUGUAAUUACCAUGUCGAUUGUGAUGCCGGUCAGAUUAGCACUAGGCCAACUAUUAUAUAAUCUGUGACUAGGCUAGAAAGUUGAAUCAAAGAUGUAAUAUUUAUAUCAACAUACAGGUCACAACAUAGUCAAAAAUGGUUUAGAAAGACGCAUAAAUACAGGGUCUUAAUCAAUCUCAUUUUCCAUCCGCGCCGAAGCAAUCGAUUGCCAAUCUAGUCAGAUUGUACGUAAAAUUGUAUUGUCUGGAAGGGUAUUACCACAAACUACUAAGAAGAUACUACGGUAUUACUAUUUCGAUAUAGAUAGUAAUAGAUUUUUUUUUUUACAUUUCAACACCAUAAAUCACAGUAUUUUUGGUUCAACUUUCAUCUCCGGUUGACAUUUUAUUCUAAUGUACCAGUGUGAUGUCGCUUCAUCGACUGCGUCUCUUUCUAGCGAGUAUGUAAGUGCGAGAGGGACGAAUGCCUUAUGUGCAAAUACUCUCUGUACUUGUUCAAAAGGUACCACUUUUCAAUAUAUAUAUUUUUGCUUUGUGCUAGUAGUGUCUUGUGUCACUGAAUAUUGGUACCUUUUGGUUAAAAUUUACAUAGCUAUCGCAUUAUACAGAGAGGCCACACACAUAUAUGAAACUAUCUUAACUAUCAACGUAAUUUAAAUUCAUAAUUUUUGUAAACUGAAAAUGUCAUAUACUAAAUAAAGGGCUUCUUCAACUUUCGUGGCGAUCGCCAUAACUUCCACGCCAACCGGUCACUCUCGAGUAUAUGCAAUCUUUGAAAUACCACUAAUAAUAUAAUACUUAGGCGCCAUAAUUCUUAUAUUCAUACUAUACUCUGUAUCUUUAGGUACUUAAAUAAAAAUAAACAAAUAAUUUGUACAUUUUCGGGUAGUUAUAACAUUUAUUGAUUAACUAACCUAAUACAAAACCGCCUGGAUCUGUCACUGAACGACCUGCCUUUAACCUACAUUAUUUGAUCAUGUAAUGUUUUCAUCUACCCUCAACUCGCUUAAGAAGCCAUUUGAGGGUAGAUUUUGUUUACUAUUUUUUAAAUCCCUAAAGAUACAGCCUAUAGUUAGAGUUAGACCAAAAAAAGGAAGUGUUAUUAUUUGUACGUCAUAAUUUCAUACAAGUUUGUUGUUUAAAAUAUCACUUGCACUGCAUGUGCUAUCAAAAUCGUUGCAGACUUAUAUUGGUCUAACUCUAUAUCCGUGUGUAUACCAUUUAUUAUUUCGUGUCACUCGCCUCUCUCUAAACUGCGAGAGCUAUAUUAGUCAAAAGCAAGGGUGAUAUGAUAUGAGCGGCCGCUAUGGCGGCACCGUAGGCGGUAAUUCAGUAGGUGUAAAUUGUCGAAAACGCGCCGCGCGAGCUGUUUCUGUCUCACUCUUACUUAUGUAACAGAGUGCGAUGGGUAGCUGAUGAGCAAUAAAUUGAUAUGAGUGUAAUGCCCGCAACACACUUCGCUGUGUAUUGUUUGAAAGUGUUAAUUUAAAUUAAAAAAUUACAGAGUCAUCAUACCAAAAGAAAAACAGUAGUCCGACAAGAAAUUGUAGAAAAUUAUUGAGGGCGUCACUUCGUAACUGUCACAUUUUUGACGUAAAAUGCUUAAACAUGGCAACAAUUUAGUAUGGAUUUUUUAGUUCCAUUUCCAUUUUAUUUAAUUUCAACUAUUUUAUGUCGCACUAUAUUUCAAAUAUGUAUUAAAAUCUAAAACAAACACGUACCUACAUAAUAUUUACAGUAAAAUUAUACAUUUUGCGUUUGCGUCAAAUCCGGUAGUUCUGAUUUUUUGCAGACUUGUUUAUGAUGUUGGCCCAAUGAAUAAUCCAAGUUUGUGACCUCGAGCGCCGAACGCAACUUUGUCAAAAAUCGAGUAAACCGCAUUUUUUUUUAGAUUUGGGCGAUUAUAACCCUAAAGUACUAGUUUUUGAUAGUAACUUCCUAGGGCGUUUUUAAAGUUGACAGGGUUGACAAAGUUGCGUUCGGCGCUCGAAGUCACAAACUUGGAUUAUUCAUUGGGCCAACAUCAUAAACAAGUCUGCAAAAAAUCAGAACUACCGGAUUUGACGCAAAAGAGCCAGGUUACAAAAUUCGACAAAGUUACUGGAUUAGCAUAUAAUGUAAAAAAAAAAAUUACCUUAAGAUUUUAAGUAGUUUGACUGCAUAAUUAAUGAUACAACAAUUUUAAAUGAGUUUACCCGAAGUAAUUUCUAUUACUUAUAAUUUUUAAUUUACAAGGCGAGAGAAAAUUGUCACGGCAACUUGUUUUUAUUUUUUUUUACUUUAUAAUUUUUUUAACAAAUCAUCUGCUGAAAGGACGUACGAAAUUCAGUUAACCCUUUACCAGGCUGAGGGAUACAUAUUUCCCACAUACGUCACUUUAAACAAGUGUUCUAUUUUCGAUAAGUAAGACUGACAUUCGAUUGUCAUUUUCAAACUGUCAGCCUGGUAAAGGGUUAACCUUUCGAGACCCCCUUGACAUUAUUGCAGUUUUAAAUUUAGAACCUUGUAUUUUAUUUUAAUUCAAAAUGCGAUUUGGAUGCUGGCUACCCAGGGAGCCGAUGGGUCUCCAAAGGUUAAACGCUUGCGUUAUCGCGCGCGGCGUGUCAUUGUAAACCAUAUCGGAAUACACGAAGGUUGAUAUUGUGCUACACCCGCACGCAUUAGCUCCCGUCUUUAGCGGUGAAAGUGUUAACAGUAGACGAUGGUACGUAUUUAUUUGCGCUGUUGCCAGCUCGCGCGGCCGUUUGUUAUCACAACACUAUUUUAGUUGGUUUUAUUAUUACUUAUUACGUAAUGUAUAAGUGUUAAAAUAUUUAUUUAUGGUAUAAAUGCAAUAUUAACGCA